GGUUAUACCCCCGAAUUCAUGUUUUGUUUACGCCAACAACGACGCCAUCAGAACUGGAGAGUUGUUUGUUCAUCAUCCUCUUCUCUUAGCAUUUGUGCAUCGACUGUUUCAGUGCUACUAGAUCCCUCUCUCGCAGCUUCCAUUUGCAAUUCAGGUUCUCUUUGAUCGGGCUUUUCUUGCUCCUCAGAUUCCCAAUUCCAAUCGCGGCUCGCUAGAUCAGAGGGGGAAUUUCGGGAAAUAUUCCAAUUCCGCGUUUGGUUUCGGCUUUCUGAACUCAAAUGCGGGGUUCGGUGGCUCUUAGGGAUGAAUUAACUGAAUCACCUCGUUUCUAGCUGGUGCAUCUUCUGGAUUUUGAACCCGUUAUUCUUCAUCAACAUUAUCUGUACAAGGAAAGGAGGUGACAUUUCAGUCUGAACAGCUUUGGAUUCUGAAACAAUCAAAGAAAUCAGUUAUGGCUCCAUCUAGGAAAUCUAGAAGUGUAAAUAAGAGGUUUUCAAGUGUUCGUGAGACUGCAUCUAUUAAGGACAAAAUUACAGAGAAUGCUAGCAAAAGUAGGCUGAAGGCAAGUCCUGGUAUUCAGAAGAAGAGAAGAUUGGCUGACAUGUUAGGACCACAAUGGAAUAAAGAGGAGCUUGGGCAUUUUUAUGAAGCUUACCGGAAAUUUGGUAAAGAUUGGAAGAAGGUUGCUCUUGCUGUACGUAAUAGAUCUGUGGAAAUGGUAGAGGCACUGUAUACUAUGAACAGGGCAUAUUUAUCUCUCCCAGAGGGUACUGCUUCAGUUGUUGGCCUUAUAGCAAUGAUGACAGAUCAUUAUAGUGUACUGGGAGGAAGUGACAGUGGUAAAGAAAGCAACGAUGAUGCAGAAAUAUCUAAAAAGUCUCAAAAGCGUAUGCGGGGAAAGCAUCUAAGUGACAAUAAAGCAUUAGAUGGGCAUUUUUCAGAUCAUUCUCAGUCACACUCCGUUGCAUCAGGUGAUGGUUGCCUGUCAUUGUUGAAGAAGAGACAUUCUGGAAUUAGGCCACAUGCUGUUAGAAAAAGGACUCCCCGUGUCCCUAUUUCAUAUUCUAUGGGUAAAGAUAUUGGGGAGAGGUUUUUUGCAUCUGCAAGGCAGGGUUCCAAACAAAUGGUUGAUACUAAUGACGUUACUCAUAAGAUUGCAUUGGCAUUGACUGAGGCUUCCCAAAGAGGUGGCUCUUCGAAAAAUUCUGGAUCACCAGAUAAGAAAUUUUUGUCUUCCCCAGGUCUGAAAAGUGGGAAGAAGCAUUCAAAAUCAGAAAAAGCUGGAGCCAAGUUUUGCAGUUCCGAGUUGGAUGAUGGUAGUUCUGAGUUGAGUUUGGGAAGCACUGAAGGUAAUAAUGAAGAAUACUCUAGAAAAACAAUUCAUCGGAGUGGUAGAGAAAUUACUGGAAGAGGAAGGAAUGAAGAAAAGAAAAUAAAACAAUAUGGAAAGAAUUUAGAGCCUGAGGGGAGUUUAAACAAGCAUUUGAAUGACAUAAAGGAAGCCUCCAGUGGGACAGAUGAUGGUAAAAAUUUUAUCAAAUCCAACUUCACUGAUUUUGUAGAUACCAAAAAUGCGAGGUCCUCUUACAAGGGUUCCAGGACGAAAAGUAAAAAGCUAGUCUUAGAGAAAGAUGAAGGUUCUGCUUUUGAUGUUUUAAAAACUUUGGCUGAUUUGUCUUUGAUGCUGCCAGUAACAAACCCUGACACUGAGUCAUCUGCACAGUUCAAGGAAGGGAAUCGUGAUGUUGUCGAUGAAUCUAAAAUGGAAGCACAUAAAGUAUUUAUUAAGAUUGAAAGCAGUGCUUCAAGUAAGUUUCCCAAGGUUUUUUCUGAUAAUGGAGUUGUUGCACCUGAAGCAGAGGGAACACUCCAGCUUAAUGCAGGAUUCAGAAAAAGGAAACAAAAAUCUUUUAACUUGAAAAAUGAUGAAACUCAAACUGGUUCUCAUUUAAGUGGUUCCCAGAAAACCAAGCCUACUGAUGAGGUGAAGAAAUCCUUGGUUAAAGGUAAGCGGUCAUCUAUUUCUACACCACAUCCAAGACAACUAAAAGCGGCGAAAUCCCCCGGAAAUCUGUCUUCAGGUUCUAAUGACAAAAGGGAAAGGAAUGAUUCAUCUUUUUCCCCCAUAAAGGUUUCAUCUACUAAUCAAGUCAUUCCAUUAGACAGAGGAAGGCCAAGAAGAAAAAUGGAGAAACCAAAACCAAUGACACAAGAUUUGGUGGUGUCCAGAAAUACUUUUAGCAGUCAACAUAAUAAACCCAUUGCUUCACUCCCAGAUGGUUCUUUUAGUCAAAAGGGAAAGCUUAUCAAUUGUCUGUCAUCAUAUCAAAUGAGGCGAUGGUGCACUUUUGAGUGGUUUUAUAGUGCUAUCGAUUACCCAUGGUUUUCAAAGAGAGAGUUUGUGGAGUACUUAGACCAUGUUGGAUUGGGUCAUGUUCCUAGAUUGACUCGUAUUGAGUGGGGCGUCAUCAGAAGUUCUCUUGGCAGACCAAGAAGAUUUUCAGAGCAAUUUUUGACAGAAGAGAAGCAUAAACUUCAUGAAUACCGGGAAUCUGUUAGAUCACAUUAUGCUGAAAUUCUUGCUGGUACCAAGGAAGGACUUCCUACUGAUUUGGCCCAACCUUUAAUUGUUGGGCAGCGUGUUAUUGCUAUUCAUCCGAAGACAAGAGAGAUUCAUGAUGGAAGUGUACUAACUGUUGAUCAUUGUAGGUAUAGGGUUCAGUUUGACCAACCGGAACUCGGGGUUGAAUUUGUCAUGGAUGUUGACUGCAUGCCUUUGUAUCCACUUGAAAAUAUGCCUACAUCUCUGAUACAACACAAUACCUCUUCCGCCCAAAUAAACGAGAACUUUGUUGAGCUCAAGCCUAAUGGAAAACUGAAACAGAGAAAGGUUGCUGGGCACACAAUAUUGUCCCCCGGCGAGAACUCAGAUACCAGUAAAAGCCUUCAUAUAUCCCCCACUCUGCAUGGACCUGGUGCUUUAUCAAAACAGGUAUUUUCUUCAAGCUCCAAACCACAACCAAAAGUUGUGUGCAGCGAGAUUGGUAAUGUGCAACUACCAUCAAGUUCUCAACCUUCCCUUCUUGAACAUGUACAUUCAAAAGAAGCUGACACAUUGGCUAUUUCAGAUUUGAAUCGUGCUCUAGACAAAAAGGAACGUAUAUUAUCUGAACUGAAGCACAUGAAUGAUGGGAUAUCAGAGAGCCAGAAAUAUGGAGACAACUCAGUAAAGGAUUCAGAACUUUUUAAGAGGAAUUACGCUUCUGUACUAAAGCAAUUAACUGAAGCAAAUGAACAGGUUUCCUCUGCCUUGUUUUGCUUGAGGCAACGCAACACAUAUCAAGCAAGCUCCUCCGUUUUUUCAUUAAAGCCCAUGGCUAAUUUUGAUGAUCCUAGUGGUCAGGCGAGCUCUUCCAAUUGUUCAGCUUGCCACAACCAAGAAUCAAUAUCUCAGAGUCAUAUUGCUGAAAUUGUUGAAAGUUCUAGAAGAAAAGCACGGACAAUGAUUGUUCAAGCUUCUCAGGCAAUGUCAAAUUUAAGAACGACAGAAAGAAUUGAGGAUGCAAUAAAUUUCAUCAAUAACCAGCUUUCUGUGGACGAACCUACUGCUUCAGCCACAACUUUUCCGCAUGCAGAUUCUCUUUCUCUGGCUUCUCAUGAUCAAUUGGCUGCCAGCGUAUUAAAUCCCUUGACAAGUUGUCAUGUACAAGAUGCUGAACUCAACGGUUCAUCUGACCAAAAUGAAAUGAAAAUUCCCUCAGAACUUAUAUCUCAUUGCCUAGCUACGUUGUUCAUGAUUCAGAAGUGUACUGAACGACAAUUUCCCCCAGCCGAUGUCGCUCAGGUACUAGAUUCUGCUGUCACCAGUUUGCAGCCAUUAUGUUCAAAGAAUCUUCCAAUAUAUGGUGAGAUACAGAAAUGCAUGGGCAUUAUAAGAAAUCAGAUAUUGGCACUCAUACCUACAUAGCUCGGACGCGUUCCUUUGUUGUUUGUAAAUGUGCAAUAUGGUUUAACUCUUGCUGACGUGAUCUCUAUGGAGGCUCGUGUGACAUACAUACCUACACUGAGACCCUGAUAUUUCGUUUUAACAUUUGAAGCAGGGAAACUAUUUAUGUACUGUUAAUACUAUUGUAGCCGGAAGAAAAGAGAAGAUUAAUCAUCUUAUUCUCUUUUCAGAUGUACAUAUUUUUGAAGAUCAAAUUAUAGUGAGGGAGUAGCAUGUAGCAUGUAUUAUUCAGAACCAGUAUUGUGUAUGUCAAUCAUGUAAACGCGAAGAGCUGUGUGCAUGCUAUUGCCAAAAUGUGAACAACUUAGUGUAUAUUCCUACACUGUAAUUGUAAUCUUAAUAUUCUUUUUUUUUUUCACUA